AGAACUUAAGUACUCGCUCUUAAUUCCUCCAUUCUCAAUUGGAUUUUUUUUGUCAGAAUAAAAAAGUGAAAUACCACCUACGCCUGCACUCUAUAUAAAACCCUCCGAUUUGGCUCAGAAACAAAAAUGAAACCCAAAAAGAAGAUUGGUAGAAAAUUUAAUAUACCCACCCACCACCAACUGUUUGUUUCUCGGGAAUCCGAGAGAGAGAGCGAGAGAAGAAAGAGAAGGUUUGUCUUUGGGGCUUGGCUUCGAAGGCGAGGGUGGGCACUGGGCAUGGAGUCGCACGUGCCCAGCAACCGAAAUGAGACAUGGACGGAGGAGAAGCAUGUGCACUUCUUGAACUCCAUGGAAGCAUGGUUCGUCAAUACAAUGCUUCAGAGUAACGACCGCUAUAAUCUCCGUCUCGACCGUCACUUGCCUGAUAGCUCCGACUCCACUCUCGAUUGCAAACCAAGGACAAAGCAUUCCACUCCAGCAGUACAUUUCAUUGGCAAAACUAGAAGCAAAAUGAAGAAGAGUAGGCCUGUUAAAAGAUCAAUGAGAUCAUCAUCUCAGCCGCAUGAUUCAUCACAAGAUCAGGUGGUGCCACAGUUAAAGAAUUAAGAACAGAAAAGGAGAUAAAGAUGAGAAAGACGUCCCCAGUGUUUUUCACUUGCAUCCAUCAAAUUUAUUUGUGUUUUAGGACUUUUUUUUUUUCUAUUAAUUUCUUCUCCAUUGCUUCUUUGCUUUUUAAAUGUAUGAACAGCAGCAGUAGCAGCAGAGUGAGGUUUGAAUUGUGAGUAUAUGUACUAUGAAAAAUGGCAGAUUCUGCCUUCCUAAAUUAUCCAAAAUGUUCAUGUUUUUCAAAGCA